AUGGCUGAGGGAGAGCCUCCUGUCUUCUACAGGGAGGUUUCCCCAGAGUACCGGGCCGGUGCUACCACCAGCCCUGGGAGGCCCGAUGUCCUGUUCUUGCACGGCCAGGCGUUCACCUCCAAGACGUGGGAGGCCUUGGGCGAGCUGGCCCAACUUGCUGGAGAAGGCUACCGUGCAGUCGCGAUAGAUCUGCCGGGCUAUGGGGAUUCGCCCCCAGCGGAGACGGUGGCCACGGCGCAGGGCCGGGUGGCCUUCCUGGACCACGUCCUCCAGGAGCUGGGCAUGCAGAGGCCUGUUCUUGUCAGCCCCUCCAUGAGCGGUCGCUUUGCCCUGCCCUUCCUCCUGGCACAGGGGGACCGGCUGGCUGGCUUUGUGCCCAUUGCACCCGUGGGCACCAAGGACUACGCUGCUGAGCAGUACCAGCAGGUCCAGACACCCACCCUGAUCCUAUACGGUGACCGUGACACAGGACUGGGUACCCAGGCCCUGCAGAGCCUCCGGCACCUCCCGAAGCACC